AUGCCUCCCUCGCGAGAUGGAGUCGCUCACCGUGGCGAUGAAGAUGAGGUUUGCCCCGUCUGCAAAUCGUCCCGCUACUUGAACCCGGACAUGCGAUUUCUCAUCAACCCAGAAUGCUACCAUAAGAUGUGUGAGUCCUGCGUGGACCGGAUUUUUUCGUCAGGUCCGGCGAAUUGCCCUGUCGCCGGCUGUCAUAAGACGUUGCGAAAGGCCAGGUUUCGGAAGCAGACAUUCGAGGAUAUUCACGUGGAAAGGGAGGUGGAUAUUCGGCGCAGGGUAAUGUCGAUCCUCAACCGCCGAGAAGAAGAAUUCGACUCGAAACGCGCCUGGGACGACUUCCUCGAGCAGCGUGAAGAAAUCAUUGCGAAUCUGGUCUACGGCACGGACGUUGCGAAGACAGAAGCAGACCUGCAGAGAUAUGCCACAGAAAAUAUGAGCUCCAUCCGCGCCAACCGCGCUCUCGAGGCCCAGGAAGCCACCUCCUUUCAGGAACAGCAGACGCACGAGCAGGAACUGGCAAGAAUACGUCGGGAGGCCGCAAGGCAGGAAUACGAAAACGAACGACGGGAGGUCCAGGCAGGCCGCGAAGACUACCUCAGCCGACUUGCGGCUGGCAAACCGGGCGACGCAGCCACCAUUGCCCGUGAGAGUCACAAGGUCCUCCUCAAGAAGUCUUCUGCUCGACGCAGCGAGGAAGACCGCAUUCGGCAGAAACAAGCUGCACUGCGCAGCUCCGACCUCAAGAAAGCUGGUCCAGGGACCACGGCAGCCGACCGGGCUGGCGAGGCUGGUGGUGCAGGCCUCAUCAAAGGUCUCAGGAAGAUCAAAACCCCAGAGCCCGAGAAGCCCUACGACCCAUUCGGUGGCCUCAUCCCCGGCAAACGCGACUAUUAUACUCUGCGCGACUACUAUCCAUCCAGCUACCUCGACCCUAUCCGACAAGAUACCCGUAUGCAGGCCGGCGGGUACGACCUACGCGAGUACUAUUCACGUACAUUACUCGAGGCCUUCGCGGGCUUGGGAUGCUUCCUUGAUGAAGAAGUCCCCAAACGUUAUGCGGCAGACACUCUGGGGACCUCGAAGCCUGCGGCUACCGAAGGGGCAGCAGUUGCUGCUGUAUCAUCUGGUAGCUUGGGCAGAGCUGCUUGA